AUGCUGCGGAGGACUGUAACAUCGUUGCGCAACGCACGGGAGUUGCAUCGGUUGCUGCCGGCGCUGCUGCCGCUGCUCGAUCCACCCGUGCCGACCGGGGCUUCGGUAUGCGCCGCGCACCUCAUUGUGGCCACUGGUCACGUGUCCAAGCAGAGGGAACCACAUAUGUCUAAUUGUCCCGUUCUCGAACGCAAAAUCCCGCUGUCUGAGAUCGCGAGCGAUGAUAACUUUUUGAAACACCCUUGUGUGCCGUGCCUCAAACACCGAAUCAACUUUCUUGCCAGCGAGGAUUUCUGCUAUGACUUUGUAGAGCGGUGUGGGUGUGGGACCGACGGCGCGCUACCGCCGGAAUGGCGAUGUAUUGUUGAGCGGCAGUUCGGAUCGAUGGCCGCUCUUGUGGAGGAGCUCGUUAUACAUGCGUCGAACCGCCGAGAAGCCGGAUGGACGUGGUUAGUCUACGAUGCACAGCAAGCGGGGGAACGUCCGCUCCUCGUCGUGAAUAUGCCCGCUCAACGCUCCCCAUUACUUCUCGGUCUUUGGCCACUGGCAGUGGUCAACGUAACGGAAGCUGUGCUAGUGGAGGCAGUUCGUGCUGAAUCCAGCGGAUCUGUAGCGGCGGCUCCGCCGCCACCGUGGUGUCGUGCAGCGCGCGCCUCGCUUUAUGAUACUAAAGCUGCGGCUGAAGCAUUUGCCAUGACUGCACCGAUGUCGGAGGGCGUGGGCAAGAAGUUGAGCGAAAUUCGUGAGAAGGUAGCACGUGACGCCGUGUCUCGGAUGAACUGGGGGUUCAUUCUUCAGCAGUUAAAAAAAGCAGAGACCUACUACGCCUCCAGUGAUCGGGGGGAGAAGAUCCGGGUUCAUCGCAUGAAGUUGGAGCGUGAAGCGGUAACGAAGGCAAUGAGCGGGCUAAGAGACAGUGGGGCUACUUUUUUGACACAUGAUACGGUUGAGGUUACAACAACACCAUCUGCUAACAGCGAACCCUCCUCUCCCGAACGCGUGCCUGGGGUGCAGGCCAAGCAGCCCCAGACGGAGGGUAUGGACCCAUGCGAGAACAAGGCUUCUGCGGAGCCUGAUCCCAAAUGUACGCAGUUGCCUGACGGCACGUGGCAAUAUUCAUAUCGUAAUGGAGAUGUGACACUUCUCAAGCCCGAUGGUACGAGAGUAUUUAGGAAAAGGGAGUUAACUACAACAGCCUACCCUGACGGUAGUAUGCUGUUCCAAUAUGCAAACAACACGUCCAUCCUCGAUCGCGCCGACGGUGUGCGUGUGACAACGUUCGAAGAUGGCACGACGAAGGAGGAGAUGAUUAGGCGGUAA